CUGCAGCGUUCACCGAGCCCCUUACUUACUGAAACCUCGCCGCGGCACAACAGAGGCGCGAGCAUCUACUGUGGACAGGUAUGCAACACGCGGGCUGUCUGGCCAGCAACUGCAGCCCACCUCUAACUGAUGAAGAAGACGCACCUUGAAAAAAACAACAACAACCCGGAGAAGUCGGUGCAGCCAGUAGCUGAGAUUUUCUGAGUGUUUGAUGUCAGGGGAAACGAACCCGAGGCUGUGACUGCCACACGGGGACAUGUGCUAAGUAACACAGGAGGAGAAGGGACGUAAACAUGCAGUAAGUGGCAGCCAGGUAGCUUACUACGCAAGAGCGCUCCCUCCGGACCUCCUCUCUGAACUUUACCCGCUGAGCUCGGACGCGAUGGCUGGUGGUGGUGGUGGUGCUGCCACUCUGGGAGAAGUUGGAGGCGUCUGGCACGGCAUCGACGGUGUCGCACAAGUCGGCUCUCAUUUCUUCCUCACGGACAGCCAGACGCGGCUGGAGGAGCACCUCGUACCUGGGGACAGAUUCUCGGAUUUAACGCACCUCAAGGGGAUUCUCAGGAGGAGGCAGUUGUACUGCAGAACUGGAUUUCAUCUGGAAAUACUUCCGGAUGGCACAGUGCAAGGCACGAGGAAGGACCACAGCCGUUUUGGUAUUUUGGAAUUCAUAAGCCUGGCUGUUGGAUUGAUAAGCAUUAAAGGGGUGGACAGUGGACUCUAUCUGGGGAUGAACAACAAAGGAGAGCUGUAUGGCUCUAAGGAGCUCACGGCUGAUUGUGUCUUCAGGGAGCAGUUUGAGGAGAACUGGUACAACACGUACUCAUCCAACCGCUACAAGCACGGAGACAAAGGGACGCGUUACUUUGUGGCAUUAAAUAAAGAUGGGACACCAAGGGAUGGGACUAAAUCCAGGCGGCACCAGAAAUUUACACACUUCUUGCCCAGGCCUGUGGACCCCGAGCGUGUGCCAGAGCUGUACAGGGAUAUCCUGGGACACAGCUGAGAGCUGGAGGCCUGGUCCAGAUCAGGAAUAGAUGCUUAAAAAGCCCUGGCAGGGAGUCAUGGGAGCAGAAAGGAAGAAGGAGGGACGCAGGCGGGGAUGUGGCUGGUCGCAGGCUGGCGAACAGCAGCCCGACCAGCGGGGAUAAAGGCAUCGGAGAAGGGGGUGGGGGGCCUCUUGUAGGAAUGCACGGGCCAUCAUCUCUCAGCAGCCAGGAGGACAGGCUAGAAUGUCUGCACGCUCUGCAUGAGGGCGUCAUUUGUUUCCACAAAAGUACCUGCGUGGAUUAGGAGACAAAUAGGAAGCGGGCCUGAACGGUCAUGGAGUAUCUCCUCGGUUGGACAGAGAUGCCAGCUGGUGUGGAGUCUGUGGGAAUCUGUGACAUUACAAGAUGGUACUACAGUGUCAGUCAGAGAGACGUAGCUUGAUCAGAAGGACUUUGAAGGAAUACAGAUUUUUUUUUAAUCUCACCUGUCUUUAGACCUGUUUGAAAAAACAAAGUGUAAAAGCUUAUUUAUUCAUUUUAGAUACACAUAUUUAUGUUAUAUAUUUAUUUAUUUGAGAAUAUAUUUUUACAGCUAGAAUCGUAACGAUAAUAUAGAAAACAAAAGCCCACUAGAAACUGUACUAUAGAAAAACUGACACACUGAACUGAACUGUCGCUUAUUCAGCUAGUACUAAUGACUAAAAAAUUAUGAAAAACAAUAGCAAAUUUUUUGAAAAGAUUCCCACAUCUGGCAUGCAUUUUAUCAUAAUGUGAUUACUGUGAAUUACUUUUUCUUUUUUUGACACAGCAAUUAUAACCAAACUACUGUUACAUUUGAAGUCAGCAAAGUGACACUAUGAACAAUAAAUUGCUCAAAUUCUGAUU